CGUCGUAGGCAGCAGCAGCUUUAGCUCGCACCAUUGCACCACCGCGGCGGCGUGGGCUCAGCAUCAGCAUCGGCGGCCAGCGGCAUGUCGUCGUCGUCGCCGGAGAUGGAGGGGAGCAGCAAGAAGUUCAAGGGCGUGCGGAAGCGCAAGUGGGGCAAGUGGGUGUCGGAGAUCCGGCUGCCCAACAGCCGCGAGCGCAUCUGGCUGGGUUCCUACGACGCCCCCGAGAAGGCCGCGCGCGCCUUCGACGCCGCCUUCGUCUGCCUCCGCGGCCCCGGGGCCGCCGGCGCGGACCUCAACUUCCCGGACUCGCCGCCGCCCUGCCGCGCCGGCGGAUGCAGCAGCGACCCGCAGGAGGUGCAGGCGGCCGCGCUCUCGCACGCCAACCGCGCCGCCGUCACGGCCCAGCAGGCGGCCGCGGCGCUCAUGGACGUCGACGACGGCUCGGUGCUGCCGUGGGGCUCCGUGGCGCACGACAUGGCGGGUGUUCUUGGCACUGGCAGCGCUGAUGAGGUAGUGGCGCCCGUGCGCGCCGACGGGAGCAUCGACUGGCGGCCCUUCAUGGCGCACCCGCCGCCGCUCUUCUCCCCUACCGGGUGGGGCAGCAAUGCAUACGACUUCCUGCAGGAGCUGCCGCCGCCGGGCGCGGCGGACGAGGACAUGGAGGACAGUAUCCAUGGCGCAACCGCUUCUCUCUGGAGCUUCGACUUGAGAGACUCCUACUUCAGAUACUAGCAAGCUAGCUACAUGCAUGCUAUACACAAGGCUACGCUGCAAGAUGGCGCCAUGGAGGUGGCGGCGCACCUCUGCAGCUAGCUGCAUCCUGCAUUGCUACGAGGCAUUAAUUACAUGCUCAUGACUGCUAUGAGUAUACGAUCAACAACAUUUCUUAACAUAAUUUUGGUGA